AUGAGACCUAUUCUGCUGUCGGGACAUGAGCGUUCCCUUAACCAAAUUCGUUUCAACAAGGACGGCGACCUCCUCUUCUCAGUAUCAAAGGAUAAGAAUGUCUGCGCAUGGUGGACCGCCAACGGCGAGCGCCUCGGAACCUACGCUGGCCACCAGGGUGCUAUCUGGACUGUCGACGUGAGCCCCAACACCGUAAUCCUUGCGACUGGAUCAGCCGACAACACCGUUCGACUAUGGAACAUCAAGACUGGCGAGUGCAUCAAGGUGUGGGACUUCCCGACAGCCGUGAAGCGCGUGGCAUUCUCCCCGGAUGGAAGCAAGCUGCUGGCAGUGACAGAGAAGCGUAUGGGUUUCCUCGGUACGAUCGCCGUUCUCGAUAUUGCCUACGGUGAUGGUCAGGGCAACAAUCUCGAUGUACAGGCCGAUGAGCCAAGCUUGCGCAUUACUUGUACUGAGAGCAAGGCGACUGUUGCCGGAUGGAGCUACAUGGGCAGGUACAUUAUUGCUGCACACGAGGAUGGUAGCGUCAGCCAAUAUGACCCCAAGACCGGUGAUCAGCUGGAGAACGUCCAGGUCCACGAGCUCGACCACCAAAUCAACGACAUCCAAUUUUCCGCUGACCGCACCCACUUCAUCACCGCCUCCAAAGACAAGUCUGCCAAGCUCAUCUCCGCCCGCAACCUUGAAAUUCUCAAAACCUACGUCGCCGAUACUCCCCUCAACUCUGCUUCCAUCACCGCUAAGAAGGACUACGUGAUUCUUGGUGGUGGUCAGGCCGCCAUGGAUGUCACCACCACCUCUGCCCGCCAGGGUAAAUUCGAGGCCCGCUUCUACCACAAGAUCUUUGAAGACGAGAUUGGCCGUGUCCGUGGCCACUUCGGUCCCCUCAACACCAUCGACGUUCACCCCAACGGUACCGCAUACGCCUCCGGUGGUGAGGACGGUUACGUCCGUAUCCACCACUUCGAUAAGGGAUACUUCGACUUCAUGUAUGAGGUUGAGCGGGAGCAGAUGCGGAAGUAA